UUUUCCACGUAGACCUACUAUUAGAGAUGCUCUUGCACGGCACUACGAGCCCCGAAGGCCUUGCGAUAAACGUCGGGCGCAAAUUAGCAAACCUCAGAUCGUUCUGUGAAUUUCGCGGGAACUUGUACUGGCACGGACAAAUUCGAGCUACCUCUGUUAUCACUGGCUUCAAAAUUAGGGUUUCAGCAAGCUGAUAAACGACAAAUAUAGCAAGAAGGAGGUACCAAUGGCUGCUGCUGCUAGUGGUUCCAAAGCUUUGUUGAGUGAUUGUUGCUUAGAUGGCUUUACUUUGAAGAAUGGUCACGUAUCAAACUCGGCAAAACAAGUUUGUUUUUCCUUUAAUAAAAAAAGUCUCUACAGUGGUAGUAGAGCAAGCAUGAGCUUGAAGAAUAGAAAACCCUCGAAUGAUAAUCUGCAUUGUGGGUAUUUCAUGUUUGAUGCAAUGAGAAAGAGUUGCGACUACAACCCGUUAAUAGGAGGAUGCAGACGUUUACAUACCUCAUCGGCUGCAUUUGUCUCAGUUGGUGCUUCUCCUGAUUCAUCUGUUCAUGGUUCAGGAUGUGAUCAACAGCUUGUAACUCCCACUGUUUCAUCUGACCAGAAGAGUUUGGGUGACAAGACCUUGAAGUUGGUUUCAGGAUCAUGUUACUUACCCCACCCUGAUAAAGUAGAUACCGGAGGCGAGGAUGCACAUUUUAUAUGCAUUGACGAGCAAGCUACUGGGGUAGCAGAUGGUGUUGGUGGCUGGGCUGAAGUUGGUAUUAAUGCAGGACUGUAUGCCCAAGAGCUCAUGUCUAACUCAGUAAUUGCAAUUGUGAACGAACCUAAAGGUUCGAUUGACCCAGCAAGGGUUUUAGAGAAAGCCCAUUCAAGCACGAAAGCGCAAGGAUCAUCAACAGCGUGCAUUAUAGCAUUGACAAAUGAGCAGGGUAUCCAUGCCAUCAAUUUAGGUGACAGUGGUUUUAUAGUGGUAAGAGAUGGGUCCACGGUCUACCGUUCCCCUGUGCAACAGCAUGGUUUCAAUUUCCCUUAUCAACUAGAGUGUGGAAGAAAUGGUGAUCUUCCAAGCAGUGGUCAGGUAUUGACGGUACCUGUUGCACCCGGGGAUGUCAUUGUUGCUGGAACAGACGGACUAUUCGAUAACUUGUUCAACAGUGAAAUCACAGAUAUUAUUGUUCAGGCUGUUAGGGCUGGGUUGGAGCCUCAAGGAGCUGCAGAGAAGAUUGCAGCACUAGCAAGGCAGAGAGCGCUUGACGAAAAACGAACAUCACCAUUUUCUAAAGCUGCACGAGAAGCGGGAUUUCAGUAUUAUGGUGGCAAGCUUGACGAUGUCACUGUCGUUGUCUCCUAUAUCACCAACUCUACAACAACAAAUGUAUGAAAAGUUCAAACCUCAUUUAUUUAUUUAUUUGUUAUGUGUUUCUGUUCUUAGUCUUGAUGCUACAAGUUUGUAGUGUUUUAUCCGGAUAGGGUAAUCUUCCUUCCCAGUAGAGAAGGAUACCCUUGUCCCGUACAAUUUAACCAGGUGUUCAGUGUUCUUUUCCUUGGCCA